GUAGCAACAGCAGCCUCUCGGGACUAUAAAAACCAGCAGCCACCGUCCUGGGAGCACGGAGGAAGCUCAACCUCUCAGGUGUAUCUGUCUGUCUAACAAUCAUGAAGGCUGUAAGUCUGAUCCUUGCUCUGGCAGUCAUCACUGGCUGCAAUGCCCGUGCUGUGCGCCAGGCUGAUGCCACCGGAGACCAAUGGGAGAAAACUGUGGAACGUUUCUGGAAGGAAAUCGAUGCCAUUAGCCAACAGGCCAAUGGAGCUGUUCAGAACCUCAAGGACUCUCAGAUAAGCAGGGAGUUAGACACUCUGAUCACUGACACCAUGGCAGAGCUGGCAGUCUAUCAGACCAAGCUGAGCGACUUGACCGAUGUCUCCACCGACAGCCUGUCUCAGGAUCUGCAACUUCUCAUCAACAAACUGAAGAAGGACAUGGAGGAUGCCAAGGAGCGCGGCACUGAGUACCUGGGUGAGCUUAAAACCAUGAUGGAUCAGAACACCGAUGACGCCCGCCAGCGCAUGACCACCUACUCUAACAAGCUGAAGAAGCGCCUGGACAAGGACACCGAAGCAAUCCGCAACUCUAUGGCCACUUAUCUGGGUGAGGUGCAGUCUCGCGCCUCCCAGAACCUGGAAGCCAUGAGAGAACAAGUUCAGCCCUACGUCCAGCAGGCCAGUGACACUACUGUCAAGAAGAUGAGUGACAUCUCCACCAUGCUGAAAACCCAGGCCGAGGGUCUGGGCCAGCAGCUUGAGACCCAGGCUGAGAGCAUCAGGACCCAGCUGGAGGCCACUGCCCAGGACCUGCGCACAUCUCUGGAGGGCAAGAUCGACGAGCUGACAGAGCUUUUGUCUCCCUUUGCCUCAAAGAUCCGCGAUAAUGUUGAAAGCAUCGUGGAAAAGGUCACUGCCUAAAGAAUGACUCUGGGGGUUUGUUAAGGGUUGUAGAUGGCUGAUGGUAGUGGAAGAAAGAAUGCAUAAACCACUAGUUUCUGUAUAAGAAAAAAAGAGAGAGUUAAGAGUUACUGAUAAUCUCGACAUUAUAUGCUCUACUGUUCAGGAUAAAAGGGUUGAAUAGAGGGAUGAUUUGGCGCAUUUUUUACAGAACAGCCAACAAAUGGGUUCUUUUUUCUGCAUUAUCACCCUUUCUUAUUCUCUUUGACACCCUUGAUCACUGAACACAAUCACUGCAGUUAAACACAGCUUUCCAACGUGAGACAAUUAUUUGUAAUGUGCUUCGCUUUUCUACUUUAGAAAUAAACUGUCAAGCAGUCUAUACCCACGAGGUCCGAGUCAAGUUUUCCACUUUAUGUUUGGGUGUAAUAUCUACCUGUUGAGCAUCAAACACAAGUGUCUCUCAUUUCAAUAAAUGCACUGAAUGACGAUCAAAGGAUGGGGUGACAUACAACAUCGUGCCUGCUAGCUUCCACUAGAGGUGAUGCUGAACCGUUAAAGUGCUCUUCUGUCUGUUAGGUCUUUUUGUUGUGCUGCACACAGAAGUGGAAUGUAAAAUGACUUCAUAACAAACAAUGGCAAUCAGUGAGUAAAGUGUAAUGCUGCCUGUCUGUUCUUCACAAGUGUCCCUUGUGUUUCACAUGUUGUAUGCCCACCAUGCUGCUCUCCAGAAGUGCACUGCCUGUGACUACAGUGUGCUGAACAGUGCUGAGUGAAUAAAAAACCUAGAAAAGAUA